AUGCAGCCGAGAGCUGUCCCCGGUGCGCUGGUGCAGCAGCGAUCACUCGACGAGAAUCGCAAAAGUAAUUACGAAACCGGACAAGUCACCAACAACAGCGGCACAAGUGGAACAAUUCCAUUAUCCCGACGUGCUGUUAAAUUGGCUGAUUACCAUUGCACCAACAGCGAGCCGGGAAAGUGUCCGGAGUACACCAGAAGUUUAACCCUGGAUUCCACCCCUCGACCAGACUUCCUGAAGCUCCAGAGCACGGAUUACGAGCCACCUAGUGGUUGUGCAUCACCCCACAGCAUAGAAUCCUUCUCGCCACCCUCGGUGACCCCGAUAAUAUCCCCCCCGCCAGCCUUCCAGGACGUGGCCAAAAAGACCCGUUCGCGUAGCACAUACCCAAAGGCUCCAUUUCUCCCCCGAUCAAACGCAAUUAUCGACAGCGAUGUCAUCAGUCCGCCGUCCUCCCCGCCGCCCAAAAAUUGGGGAUCUCAGACGAGAAAAGUAAUUGGCACGCCAAUUAAGCCGAGACCGAGACGUCAGUCCCAAAUGUCGAGUGGUAAUCACCAGAAACCGGUGCAGGACAAGCAAUAUCGCUUGCUGUCAGCCAAAUCCCUGGAGGACCAGUCCACCACUCGGCGAAUACAGUUUGCCCAGAGAUACCGCGAGUCGUCCUCGUCAUCCUCAUCGUCAAUGGGCUUCCGGAGUCUCGACAGCUUCGUCAGUCGUAACACAAUGCCGAGACUAGCUGAAAACACAGACUCAUCGGUUGAGGGGUACGAGGAUGGCGACGAGGAUGACAAUCCAGACUCUUCUCUGAAUCUGGGAGUGAAGUCUCCGAGUCCGCUUGACUCCUCGCCAGACGGCAAGACGUCUGUCGCUCAGGAGAGGUUGUCCAGGAAGCCCUUGAGGAAAUCUCCGGGUUCGUCUGACGCUGGGAAGCUGUCGUUUGAUUCGACCUCGUCGUCCUCGUCACCAUCUACGUCCUCGAACAGUGGCACUGGGAGAUCGCCGAAUAGUUUCAAAAGGUCGAGUCAGCGGGGACAGCAUCAGGGCUUUAGGAAUACUCUGGGAUCGCCGGAUUCUCUGCAGACUUCUCGAGUCAGGCGGUCUAAGAGCCUUCAAUUGCCGGAGAAACGCUCGCCUGGCGCACACCAGGCCCCCAGGGAGCAUUUUAAUGAUGCUAGGGUUGUCAAGAUUGCUGACAAGCCCGCGACGGCGGAGAGGAGUAAGAGAUAUCCGCUGUCUACUCGUAAAGCUCAGUCAACCGAAGAAGCCCUAAACCUAGGGCUCCUCCGCGAGGCGGAAGUAGUAACGGAAUACCUCUACGGCACAAGAAGCCGGGCAGCUGCUAGGAGCAUCAUCUCGAGUCACUUUGACUCACGCGAAGAAGCCCAGGAGCGGCACGAGCCCUACGACAUCUACUUCAUAUCCUCCAAGCAACCCCGAUCCCAGCAAGACCGACGCGCGAAGAGUCUUCAGCGUGGCGCCACAACCCCGAGCACCAAUACCUUGAUGAACGACGUUAACAAAAUGCGGUGUAACACGAGUACUUGCAACUACUGGCCGCACUGCUCCGAGGGCCUUUACUCGCCGAAUCAGCCCCAGCCCUUGAUGAAGGUCUCCCAGAGUUAUCCGACCCACCGAAGGGUCUCGACGGACAGCGUCAUCAGCCAAUCGAAGGAUCGCACGAGUGCGUGCUCGUCGCCGGCGUCACUAGAUGUCGUUGAUGAUCGUGAGACGCGGAAGACGCAUGGCCGGAAGGAGGUGAAGAGCGCGAUGAAGCGUACUUCGCCGAACAGCUACGAGGGGGCGACCAGGUGGGAGUACAGGAACGCUCGGGCGUCACCGGAAGUGCUGAAGAAUGUCGGGGUGUCGACCAAUGGCACGUCUUCUGUUACCACUUCGUCGUCGUCCAGCAGUGACAUCUGGAUUACUACGUCGGAUAGGACUGUGACGAAGAGCCCGAAGAAUCCCAAGAGCAGCGGAGGCUCGACGCCGAUGGAGGAUACCAUUGUCGAGGGCGCCAAGGGGGGCGAACCUGUCAGGGAUAAGGAACACGCCCGCCCCGGAAGUGCUCCCGCCAAACGGGAAAUUUCACCGGAAGCUCAGGGCUCGCUUGAACCCCAUCAGAGGUCCUCUUCGUUGCCAAAGUCCUUCCUCACGCUGGAGUCGACGGCUGAAGGACACAGUUGGCACUGCACCUGCGCUCACCUGCGCAUUGACCACUGGGAAUUGUCGCUAUUUCAGAGCAGGAGCUGCGAGAGCGUCAUGGAAAUUUGUAGUCGCAGGGAAACGAGUCUGCAGACGACGACCGCAACUUGGCACAGGAACGACGGCUCGAGGAGGUCAACACCGAGCCCCAAUACCCUGCAUCCUGAUGCACCGUCUUCACCGAGGACUGCUCCUGGUUCUCCUUCACCUGGACACCAAUCAAUCCCUCGAAAUAUGGAGAGACGACGUGCUACGGAGAUUAGUCGCACUCAGCGACGUAUCAAGGCCUCCAGUACGCCAACACUACUCGAUCACGAUGAAAGGUAA